AUGGCGGCGAAUGCGCUGUGGGCCCACAUCCUCCAGAAAAAUACCAUCUGUCAAGACCCGACGCCACCGAUAAUCCCACCCUUGGCACCAAAAGACGCGACUGGGACGUCUAUGCGCAUGCUCAUAUACGACACUCAAUCUACAUUGGAGAAAUUCUCCGGGAGACUCGAUACACUUAUGACAAGGGUGGACGACUGCAGGAACCAAGUCAUCAACGCCAACAAGUUACUGGAUCAUGAGCGCGACAGGGUAGUCACGGAGAUGGUUGACAUCUCCUGCCGAUCCCAGAACGAACUCAAGUCACAUAUGGGAACCCCUGCGCAAGCUCAUGCGUUGGAGCUUACGCACGCGUCACAAGUGUCUACAGAAAACAGCAUUCGGGCACUGGAAAAACGCAUAGACGCACUGCAAACGGUCAGUUCGACUGGGUAUCGGUUAUAG